UGUACCCAGUCGUGAAUAUGGUGGGAAUGGGAUGCCACAUCAACCCGAUGCUCAACCUCUGCCACCUCAUACUCCACUCCCGCCCCUAUAUCACCGUCUCCUUCAUCAUCACCCAGGAGUGGCUCGGCCUCCUCGGCGAUACACCGUCCCCGCCGUCUUCUACAACACCCGACACCUGGGUCUUGGACGUCGGCCGUAACCGGAAUAUUCCGGUGGCUUCCUUUUAUACCAUGUCUGCCACCGUCUUCUCCAUCUUCCACCACUAUGAUCUCGUCUCCCAACACCGCCAUUCCCCUCCAGGUCAAAUAAGAGAGGGAAACAUUGUAGACUAUGUUGGGGUACAAACCUAUUCCACAUCGGAUGAGUGAGAGAAGUUGGAAGGUGUAUAUAAUUCCUGUCCAACCCCAAUUAGUUUGAGGUCUUUUGGGAGUGACCCAAAAAUAAAUCCAUGUGGGCUUGACCCAAAGCGGACAAUAUCAAACUAAUGUUGCAGUCGACGAUCCUAACAGACUACAUCCCUGGAGUCCCUCCAAUAAGGUUCACAGAUCUGCCAACUUAAUCCAUGGCAAAUGCAAUGAAGUUUUACCUCAAGUCUUGCAAGCAAUUUAAUUAACAUCAAAAACUCAA